AUGGCGGCCGCCUGGGAGGAGAUUCGGCGCCUGGCGGCAGAUUUCCAGCGGGCGCAGUUUGCCGAGGUGGCCCACAGAUUGUCAGAACGGAACUGUAUAGAAAUUGUCGCUAAACUGAUUGCAGAAAAGCAGUUGGAAGUAGUGCACACACUUGAUGGAAAAGAGUAUGUCACUCCAGCACAGAUUAGUAGGGAGAUCCGGGAUGAGCUUCACGUUUGUGGUGGUCGAGUAAACAUUGUUGACUUGCAACAGGUAAUAAAUGUGGACCUUCUGCACAUUGAAAACAGAGCUAACGACAUCGUUAAAUCUGAAAAAACUAUUCAGCUUGUACUGGGACAGCUUAUAAAUGAGAGUUACCUGGAUCAAUUAGCAGAAGAAAUAAAUGAUAAACUACAGGAAACUGGCCAGGUGACAAUAUCGGAACUCUGCAAGGCAUAUGACCUUCCGGGAGACUUCCUGAUACAGGCAUUAUCCAGGCGUUUGGGUAGAAUUAUUCAUGGACAACUAGACCAGGAGAACCGUGGGGUGAUUUUUACAGAAGCCUUUGUGUCGCGGCAUCGAGCACGCAUUCGUGGUCUCUUCACUGCAAUUACUCGGCCUACACCUGUAAGUAACUUGAUCACUCGGUAUGGAUUUCAAGAACAUUUACUUUACUCUGUGCUAGAAGAACUUGUUAACACUGGUCGUCUGAAAGGCACCGUAGUUGGUGGGAGACAGGAUAAGGCUGUGUUUGUUCCAGACAUCUAUGCCAGAACGCAGAGCACCUGGGUGGAUUCCUUUUUCAAGCAGAACGGUUACUUAGAAUUUGAUGCGUUGUACAGACUUGGCAUCCCCGACCCAGCAGGCUACAUUAAAAAAAGAUACAAGUCCACGCAGCUCUUAUUUCUGAGAGCAGCUUGUGUUGGUCAAGAAAUUGUGGAUCAAGUUGAAGCCUCUGUAGAGGAAGCCAUCAGCUCUGGAAACUGGAUAGAUGUAGCAACUCUUCUGCCCAGUUCAUUGUCAGUAGAAGAUGUUGGGAUUUUGCUUCAGCAAGUGAUGAGAUCUUUAAACAAAAAUUCUUCAGGUUUAGUCUUCAGUGACACCAUUGUGGUCAGUGAGAAAUUUCUAAGCAGCUGUGCUGAUCUAUUUUCUGACAUGAUGCAACAGAAAGCAGAAAAGGAAAUGAAAAAUAACCCUGUUAAUUUAAUCACUGAAGAAGAUUUAAAACAGGCUUCUGGUUUAGAGAAUUCAUAUGCUAAUAAAAAAGACAAAAAGGAUGAAAGAAGAAAGAAAGCAACAGAGGGCAGUGGAAGCGUGAGAGGAGGAGGAGGUGGUAAUGCUAGAGAGAUCAAGAUUAAGAAAACCAAGAAGAAAGGAAGAAAGGAUGCUGACAGCGAUGAAGAGUCACAAGCCAUUAGCACAGGUAGGAAUAAGCAGCCGGAGUUCCCUUUCAUGUCACAAGAGGAAAUUCAGGAUGUUUUAAAGACCCACAUGCAGGAUUGCCCUGAAGAGCUUAUUACAGAACUUGCUGAACAUCUAAUAAGACCUUUAACAAAAACUUAUCAGGAAGUUGUGCGUUCUGUUUUUACGUCUUCAACAUCUUCCUCUGGAGCUAGCAGAAGACAGACUAUGAAGGACUUGCAGGAGGAAUUCUCAAACUUGUACAACAACAUUCGGUUAUUUGAAAAGGGAACAAAGCAUUUCACAGAUGAGACUCAGACUAACCUUGCCAAACACCUGUUGAAGACUGUCUGUACAGACAUUACGAAUCUUAUUUUCAACUUCCUAGCAUCUGAUUCAAUGAUGACAACAGAAAAUUAUUCUACAAUCACAAGUGAGGUCCGGACCAAGAUUUUAGGUAAAUUGCCAGAAGACACCAAAGGUCCUUUAACUAAACUUCAUACUUCUCUGAAUGGCAAGAGUGUAGAAGAUUUUCUUUCAUGCUUUGAUUCUGCAGUGGAUGUUUGUGGUAUUAUGGUGAAAAAAGGAGACAAAAAGAAGGAAAGGCAAGUCCUAUUUCAGCAUAGACAAGCUCUGAUUGAACAGCUGAAAGUCACAGAAGAUCCAGCUCUUGUUCUGCACCUGACAUCAGUACUGUUAUUUCAGUUUUCAACCCACUGUAUGCUUCAUGCACCAGGAAGAUCAGUACCACAGAUCAUUAAUUUCCUAAGUGGCAAGAUCCCAGAGGAUCAGCAUUCUCUGUUAGUCAAAUACCAGGGAUUAGUCGUGAAACAAUUGAUCAGCCAGACUAAGAAAACUGAACAUGGAGACAGUGACACAACAGAUAACCUGGAAGAGGAGGAAGGAGCAGAUACCAUUCGAAAAGAGCUCCAGGAAAUAACUAACUCUAUCAAAGAUCUUGUUCUCAGACCUAGGAAAUCUUCUGUAACAGAGGAAUAAAAUUAUUAUCCAGUGCAUCCACAUCCAUGAUACAGUCAGAUUUUAUUUUUUUUAUCCUGAAGGGAAGGAUAGCAGAAAAUGCUUGACAAACUUUAAAAUUUGGCUUCUAACAAUUGCAAAUCACAGCCAGGGAACACAGUUGUUGGGUGAUAGUGGCAAAUGGAGUUUUGUUAUGUAUUACUACAGUGUACAUGUAACACAGAUUAAAUGUAGAUGUGACAGAG